UGCUCGGCUUGUGGAAAUGUUUAAAGUAAAAAUACUCUUUGUUGGUCCUACUGAGAGUGGAAAAACUGUUCUUGCAAAUUUUCUCUCUGACACGACGGAAAAUGUGGGUGGCGAGUAUCGACCUACUAAAGGAGCCAGGAUACUGGAGUUUGAAUCCCAGCUUGAGGGCAGUGGUGACAAAACAUGUGACGUUGAACUCUGGGACUGUUCAGGGGAUUUUAGAUUUGAAUCAUGCUGGCCUGCGCUGAUGAAGGACUGCAGUGGUGUGGUGGUCAUUUUUAAUCCCGAUGUUCCAAGUCACCUCAAAGAAAUCGAGACCUGGUUCUCCAUGUUCAUUUCCACUCAAAGUUUGCAGGACAAACAGUGUUUACUCGUAGCUCACCACAAGCCUGGCAGCGAAGUAGAAGAGAGGAGGCUGCAUUUAGCCUCAAAUCUGAGCAGACUGCAGCUUAUUCACUCCAACCUGGAAGAGGAGCCAGAGGAUGUAAGGCAUGCCUUCUUCAGAUACUUGGGAAAUGUUGUAACUGCAAUGACGGAAAGUCGAGAGCGAGAGGAGAUGUCCAUCAUUACAUAG